CGCAGGAGAGACCCUUGCUCUGCCUGGCAGCCCCAGGAGAGGCUCAGAGAGGUCACCAUGGCAGGAUCCCUUCUCUUGUCCCUGCAGUUCCUGCUACUAACCUUAGUCCUGCGAUCUGCUGGCCAAGAAGGUGACAAGAGUGGGGAGAAGAUUAUUGAUGGAGUCCCAUGUACAAGAGGCUCUCACCCCUGGCAGGUGGCCCUGCUCAAGGGCGAUCAGCUCCACUGUGGAGGUGUGCUGGUCAAUGAACAGUGGGUGCUCACUGCCGCCCACUGCCUGAUGAGUGAAUACAACGUGCACAUAGGCAGUGAUCAGCUGGGUGACAAUAGAUCCCAGAAGAUCCGUGCCACAAAGUCAUUCCGCCACCCCGGCUACUCCACUCAGACUCAUGUUAAUGACCUCAUGCUUGUGAAGCUAAGUAGACGAGCCAGGCUAUCAUCGAAUGUGAGGAAAGUCAACCUGCCCUCUCGCUGUGAACCCCCUGGGACCACAUGCACUGUUUCUGGCUGGGGCACCACCACCAGCCCUGAUGUGACCUUUCCAUCAAAGCUCAUGUGCACGGAUGUCAAGCUCAUCUCCUCCCAGGAUUGCAAGAAGGUUUACAAGGACCUACUGGGAAAAUCCAUGCUGUGUGCUGGCAUCCCCAACUCCAAGACCAACACCUGCAACGGUGACUCAGGAGGACCACUGAUGUGCAAAGGUACCCUGCAAGGCUUGGUGUCCUGGGGAACUUUUCCUUGUGGCCAACCCAAUGACCCAGGUGUCUAUACCCAAGUCUGCAAGUAUGUCAAAUGGAUAAAGGAGACCAUGAGAAAGCAUCGCUGAUCUCUGCAUGCCUCCCACCUCUCCAUCCAUACACCCUCAACCAGAAAUUCACAGAAAUAAGGACGUGAUGAACUGUAAUCAUAUUUGACUUUACCUUUCCUCAAGGACAAAUUUAAACCUCAGCAAUACGACACGUGUGUAAACCAAUCAAGUUAGCAAAGACUUAAAACCAGCAUGAAACACAAAAACCUCAGUGCUGGUAGAGAUGCAGUGAAACCAGCACUCUCAACUAAUGGAACUGUAAAUCGUGCCAUUUUUGCGGAAGGCCGUUUUGCAAGGUGGAUUGAGACACUUGUUGAUCCUGUGACUCUAGUUGAGGAAGAUACUACUCAAAAAAAGAGGGGAAAAAAAAUCCAAAGUGUAGAGCAAGGUUUGAAUUCAUCACAUUAUUUAUCAUAGCAAAACAGUGGAAACACUCAACAUGUCCCAGAUUAGUGGAUUGUUUAUGUAAACAAUAGGCCUGUUUGGGGCGGGAUAUUAGGAAGCUGUUAAGGAUAAUAACUUUGCAGAAUUGUUAGUGCUAUGCAAGAAUGUUUGUUCUAUCAUGGAACAUGAAAAAAGAAAGAUACAAAUGUGUGUGUAACUCUUGCUGUGCAAAAUGAAAUGUUUACAGAAUAAAAUCUG